UUUUUUUUUAUUCUAUUAACAAAGGUUUUAUGGAUACAAGUCAUUUUUCUCAACCACUUAUUCGUGGAUUGACAGAUAAAAUAUAUGAUCGACGAAAAGCAGCUGCUUUAGAAAUAGAAAAACUUGUACGAGAAAACGAAAACGCACCAGAGAAAAUUACAGAAAUCAUUGAUGCUCUUGUACAAGAUUUUGUUUAUUCUAAUAACUCGAAUGCACGAUAUGGCGGUCUCAUUGGUUUGGCAGCUACAGCUAUUGCUUUAGGACCUUCAGUAGCAGGUUAUUUGGAUAUUAUUGUACCUCCUAUUUUAUCGUGUUUCAGCAAUCAAGACCAAAAGGUUCGUUAUUAUGCUUGUGAAAGUAUGUAUAAUAUUGCCAAGGUUGCCAAAGGUGAAGUUCUUCGAUUCUUUAAUAGUGUAUUUGAUGCUCUUUGCAAGUUAUCAGCCGAUUCUGAAGUUACAGUGAAAAGUGGUGCAGAACUUUUGGAUCGUUUAAUCAAAGAUGUUGUAUCUGAAUUAUCAACAACUUAUGUAUCGCCUUAUCAACAACCAUUGAAUCCUCUUGAAGAAACUGAACAACAAGAACUUAUAACGCCUGCUUCUUUACCUCGUAAUACUGCAUUCUCUUUACCUCGAUUCAUCCCUCUGCUUCGUCAACGCAUCUAUGUUCGAAAUUCCAAUGCCCGCCAAUAUCUUGUCUCCUGGAUUGCCGUUUUAGAUUCUAUUCCCGAUCUUGAACUUGUUUCCUUCUUACCUGAAUUCUUGGAUGGCUUGAUUCAAUGUCUUAGUGAUCCUAGUGAUGAUGUCCGUACUGCCGCUACAAGUCAAUUGGCUGAUUUUUUACAAGAAAUUCGACAAGCUGCUGCUGCUGCUGAAGAAAUCAAAACUAUCAAAGAAUCUACAACAACAAUGGUAUUACCACCUUCUCAAUCUUCUGCUUCUGAAUCAACAACAACUGAAGAUCAAAAAGAGAGUGAUCAACAAAUCAAUCAAGAAGAUAUAACAGCUCUUGAGGAAACUGAAACAGCAACGACUCCAACUGCAGAAACAAUCACUUCAGUGGAAAAUGAUGGACAAGGAAAAGGUACUUAUAUUCCUGGUCAAGGUAUUGUCGUACAGUAUGCUCGCAUUGUGGAAAUCCUGGUACCUCAUCUCUCAUCCACUGAAGAAGAAAUUCAACGUACAGCAUUGGAAUGGAUUAAUGAGUUCAUCAUGAUCGCAAAAGAUGUCAUCAUUCAAUUUACUCCGGAAAUUAUCAAGGCUGUCCUUCCCUCUUUGGCCCAUCAUGUUCCUAUUAUUCAUGAAUUUGCUGUUGCUACCAAUCAAAGUCUCCAAAAGUUAGUUUUACAAGCACCUGUAAGCACCACCACCACAACAACAACAACCUUUACAUCCACAAUGGCUGAUACUUUGGAACCUGCUCCUCCUCCUUUACUCACACAGCCACCUCCAACUUCCACUGAGCUUCUUUCUACUUCACCAUUACAACAACCACAAUUACGUCGUUCUACGAAUAAAUCUACACCUUCAUCACCCAUCAUCUUUGAUCAUCAAAUCGAUGAUGCCAGUCUUCCUGAUCCUUUUGAUUAUCAAACAACUUUGGCCAAUUUACGAUUACAAUUUUUGAAUGAACAUGAAGAAACAAGGGUAGCAAGUUUAGAAUGGCUUUUGAUGCUUCAUAAAAAAGCACCCCACAAGAUUUUGGUCUCAGACGAUGGUACUUUUCCAGCAUUACUCAAGACUCUUUCGGAUUCAUCUGAAGAAGUGGUGCGACGCGAUUUACAAUUAUUGGCUCAGAUUUCAAGUUAUUCUGAUCAUGAAUACUUUAGACAUUUUAUGACGAAUUUAUUACUAUUGUUUAGUACUGAUCGUCGUCUUUUAGAAACUCGAGGAAGCUUGAUUAUUCGACAACUCUGUUUAUCUUUGGAUCCUGAGCGCAUCUAUUGUACCAUUGCUGAUAUAUUAGAAAAGGAUGAGGAUUUGGAAUUUGCUAGUAUUAUGGUUCAAAAUCUGAAUAUCAUCUUGAUUACUGCUUCCGAGUUAUCAGAUCUUCGAAAACGUUUACGGAAUUUGGAUCACAAGGAUGGUCAGCGUUUGUUUAUCGCUUUAUACAAAUCUUGGUGUCAUAAUGCAGUGGCAACCUUCUCUCUAUGUCUUUUAGCUCAAGCUUAUGAACAUGCUGCGAAUAUGCUUCAAGUUUUUGCUGAGCUGGAUAUCACUGUCAAUAUGCUCAUUCAAAUUGAUAAACUGGUUCAACUUUUGGAAUCUCCUGUGUUUACAUAUCUUCGAUUACAACUACUGGAACCAGAAAGAUACCCUUAUCUGUUCAAAUGUUUGUAUGGCAUAUUGAUGUUACUUCCUCAAUCAUCGGCGUUUUCCACUCUACGUAAUCGACUUAGUAGUGUCUCGUCUCUCGGAUUCCUAAAUGUGAUGCCCAAAACACCUACUGGAACUGAAUCGACUUCUAAAAGAACACCUACGAAAACAGGGACAAAGGGUGAUGACAGUACUAUCAAAUUUCCAGACUUACUCCAACAUUUUAAAUUGGUACAAUCAAGACAUGAAAGGCAAAGGCGACAAUCUCUCCAAAAUUUAUCCAAGAUCAACACUGCUGUCAAGGGUCGUCGACCGAGACUGAAUUAUGGUAGUGGCAGUAUAGGAAGUAAUGGAUCAAGUGGACAAAACAGUAUGGGUCGUGAAGAUACCAUCAACAGUAUCAGCAGUGGUGGCAAUAAGGUAGGAAGAAGUAGUAGCGGUGGUCUGACUAGCGGUAGUCAUUUGACUGACCGAGCGGCAUCCACUGGUGCAACUGGCAACAAUCGAUCUUCUUCAGGGACCAACACUGUCCCUCGUAUCAUUGGUGGACGAAAGAAUAGAAAAUAGGAUUGGGAUGCCAUUUUAUCUGUAGUAUAGCUCUAAAAUUUUAUUUAAGUUGUUUCAAUAAAUUAUAUAUAUAUUUAUAUCAUCA